CGCCAUGGCGAAAAAGUGCAUCAAAGACUGCGAUGCAUUUUGUCCCCAAGGUUCUCUUUUGUUUUUUUUUUCCUUGCCUUGAAGAAGCACACCUAUCUGAUCGAUCAAACAAUCCCUUCGUUAGUUCAAUAUCUCAGCUAAAGGGAAAGGGUUAGACAGUGAGUGUCCUUGAGGAAAAAAAGAGUCCAAAAUCUUACUCAUGACAUCUGACCAAAAAAACUCAAUGUCAAGAAGUCCCAGCGAGGAACGACACUAUAUCUCUCGAGCUGGUUCAUCGCGAGAGAAUGGCGACUACAGGAAGUCCCGCAAAUCGUCUUCCCGCAGUCGAGCCCGCUACAGAUCUCGCUCACGUUCACGGUCUCGUUCUGAGAAGCGCUACAGAAGCAGGUCACCGUCCCGCCACGAUAGGAAGCGCUCCUAUUCCAGGAGCCCCAAUUCCUCUCGUCGCAGACACGUAGCAAGUCGAGUCAAUUCACAGGAUCAUCCCCCAAAGUCCAGAUGUCUAGGAGUCUUUGGACUCAGUGAUGCAACAACUGAAGACCAGAUUUAUCAAAUUUUCUCCAAAUUUGGAACAAUACACCGUACUCAAAUAAUUAUGGAUGCAAUGACGGGAUGUUCACGGGGCUUCUGUUUUGUCUACUUUGCCAAUGCUGAUGAUGCCAAAGUGGCAAAGGAUAAUUGCUCAGGAAUGGAACUCGAUGGGAGACGUAUUCGAGUGGAUUAUUCCAUUACUCAGAGACCUCAUACUCCAACUCCAGGAGUCUACAUGGGACAACCAACGGGCAGAGGACGAGAGAAUCGAGAUCGUAGUCGCAGAAAUGAUGAUUACUAUGAAAGGGAGAGAGGAUCUCGAUACUCGGAUAGGCGAUCACCAUAUCGUCGUAGAAGACACCGAAGUCGAUCUCGUUCAUAUUCACCAAGAAUUCGUCGAAAUCGCUAAGAGCGAUCUCAUUUCAUCUAUUCACGAGUCCUCCAUUUGUAAUAUAUUUCGUGCAGAUAACAAAAUAUCAAUUUUAAAAGAACUUUACACAAGUUUGUAAUGAAAAAGUAUUACAAACUAAAAAAAAAUUAUGUGUCUUUUAACCAUAAGAUUCUCACAUAAAUAUUCUGCGUGUGAGGUGUUCCUUUUUUGUUAAUUUCUCAUUUAGUUUCAUUUUUAGAGUAUAUGCAUAUUGUAUAGAGCAAAGAACUGAGAAUUUGAAUUGGCAAGGAUAUGAGCUAUUUAAGAAAUUGCAUUUUUUGUGAGGAAAAAAAAACUGGUGAAAACCAAGAAUUGUAUAAUCAUGCUUUAAGACAAUUAAUCUUCAUGAACGGGCAUUUGUCAAUAUAUUAUAUUGAACUCAUGUACAAAAA